GAGGGGAGGCCGGCGGACGGGGAGCGACCAGGAUCGUAAUGUCAAGAAAAAUGCAGACUAGGACUAGGAAGAGAAGAGGGUAGGAGUAGGAGUCUCGUUGAGUGGGGAAACAACAACAACAAAAAAAACCAAAACCCCAAAACAUUUGAGUUCGGACGGGAGUUGGACAAAGAAGAUGCUGCAGGACUCCGAGCAGAGAAGGGCUUCGGGGAUGGAAGCAGAGGGCAUGGGGAGAAACUGAGUCCCGCUGCAGGGAGACUCAGAGGCGAUAGCAGGAAGCUGGCUACCUGGCAACGGGCUCCAGGCUGCUUGCAACACUCCUCCCCCGGGAAUCCUAGGGAAGCCGCUUAACCACACAUGUGGCCCCCUUCUUCUGGGGCCAGGCCUUGGGCUAACGCGUUGAUAGGAAAUGACCCAGAAAUCAUGGCUCGGUGGUGCCUGGAUGGCCUUCCCUCCGUCCCUACGGCACCAUGGCGAGAACCGUGGAGACGGGGCUCCCUACGGUCCCGCUCACCGCCAUCCCUGAGCUGCAGGGACCGUAGACACUUAAGGAGGAAGGACUUUCUCCUUUGGAAGGUGGCCUGGAAACUGAACUGGAGUGCCCUUGUUUCUCCUAUUGUCCAGGGGAAAGUAAGAGCUUGGGGACAAGAUCUAGAGGCUUCAGAGAGCAGGGCAAUGUUGCCACCUUCAGGUUUUGCGGGACUCAUUCCUCCCUCCCACUUCCAAGCUCGGCCCCAUCCAACUCUGCCGAGAAAGGCCCCCACCUGGGCUUCAGACAUCCCCCUGGCUCAAUCCAGCCCAGGCCAAGAUGUCCUACAGAGGCAGCCACUGGACUCUCAGAGGCCUACAGCGACCACGUGGGAACAGGACGUUUGUGGAGAUGGGCAGAGGCCAGGGCGGAGAGACAGGUCUCUGGAGCUGGGGGUCUCCAAUGCCCUGAGCCAGCAGGCCGAGCUGAUCUCCCGGCAGCUCCAAGAGUUGCGACGGCUGGAGGAGGAGGUCCGGACGCUCCGGGAGACCUCCCUGCAGCAGAAGAUGAGGUUGGAGGCUCAGGCCAUGGAGCUGGACGCUCUUGCCGCGGCAGAGAAGGCUGGCCAAGCUGAGGCUGAGGGCCUGCGUGCCGCCUUGGCCGGAGCCGAGAUGGUCCGGAAGAAUCUGGAGGAGGGGAACCAGAGGGAGCUGCAGGAGAUUCAGAGUCUGCACCAAGAGCAGCUGUCCUCCCUGACCCAGGCUCACCAGAAGGCUCUCGCCAGUCUGACCAGCAAGGCCGAGGGCUUGGAGAAGUCCCUGAACAGCCUGGAAGUGAAACGGGCAGGGGAAACCAAACAGCUGUCCUUGGCCCAGAAGGAGGCGGAGCUGCUUCGGGGUCAACUGAGCAAGACUCAAGAAGAGCUGGAAGCUCAGGUGACCUUGGUGGACAGUCUGAGGAAGUAUGUGGGGGAGCAGGUCCCUCCCGAGGUUCACAGGCAGGCAUGGGAGCCAGAACGGAAGGAGCUUCUAGACACCGUGCAGUGCUUGACGCAGGAGCGGGCUGACCUUCAGGCCACCGUGGAGUUGCUGCAGGUUCGGGUACAGAGCCUCACGCACAUGCUCGCCCUGCAGGAAGAGGAGCUGACCAGGAAGAUCCAGCCUUCAGAUGUCCUGGAGUCCGAGUACCCUAAGAGGUGCCGAUCGCUGCUGUGCCGCUGGCGGGAGAAGGUGUUUGUCCUCAUGGUGCAGCUCAAGGCCCAGGACCUGGAGCACAGGGACUCCAUGAAGGGGCUGAGGGACCAGGUAGCAGAGCUCCAGGAACAAGUGAUGGCCCAGAGCCAGGAGCAUGCCAUCUUGCAGCGAGCCCUACAAGACAAAGCUGCAGAGCUGGAGGUGGAGCGGUUGAGCACCAAGACCCUGCAGGUGGAGCUGAAUCGGGCUCGGGAGGCCAGGCGGCGGCAGGAGCAGCGGGCAGCCUCUGCUGAGGAGCACCUGAAGUCUCUGGUUGGAGCAAUGAACAGCACUCAGGAGAACUUCCACAGCACCAUGACCAGGGUGAACCAGGCUGUAGCCCGGAUUCCCAGCCUUAGCAGCCGACUCAGCUAUGCUGUCCGCAAGGUCCAUACCAUUAAGGGUUUGAUGGCUCGAAAACUGUCCCUUGCUCAGCUGCGCCUGGAAAGCUGCCCCCCGCCCCCUCCCCCACCCGCACGCCCACCGGAUGCAGACCUGAGCCUUGAGUUGGAGCAGCUACGGGAAGAACGGAACCGCUUGGAUGCUGAGCUGCAGCUGAGCGCCCACCUCAUCCAGCAGGAGGUGGGCCGGGCACGGGAGCAAGGGGAGGCAGAGCGCCGGCAGCUGAACGAGGUGGCCCAGCAGCUGGAGCAGGAGCUGCAGCGCGCCCAGGAGUCCCUGGCCAGCGUGGGGCAGCAGCUGGAGGCGGCCCGCCAAGGGCAGCAGGAGAGCACAGAGGAAGCUGCCAACCUCCGGCAGGAGCUGACACAGCAGCAGGAGAUCUACGGGCAAGCUCUGCAAGAGAAGGUGGCGGAGGUGGAAACUCGGCUGCGGGAACAGCUCUCAGACACAAAGAGGAGGCUGAACGAGGCUCGGAGGGAGCAGGCCAAGGCUGUGGCUUCCUUGCGCCAGAUCCAGCACAAAGCCACUCGGGAAAAGGAGCGGAACCAGGAGCUCCGCCGCCUUCAGGAUGAAGCCCGGAAGGAGGAGGGGCAGCGGCUGGCCCGGCGAGUGCAGGAGCUGGAGAGGGACAAAAACCUCAUGCUGGCCACCUUGAAGCAGGAGGGUCUCCUCUCCCGUUACAAGCAGCAGCGACUGUUGGCCGUGCUUCCCCUGGGAACGGAUAAGAAAUCCAUGGGGCGCAGCCCCCCGCCCGUAGAGUGCCCCAAACACGAGUCUCCGGCAGCUGCACCCUCCCGGGAACCUAUGAAAGGGUCCCUGACUGCCCUCUUCGAAAACCUGCAAGGCCUGAGCGAAGCCAUUUCCAGAGAGGAGGCUAUCUGUCCAGAAGAUAACCAGAAAACUCAGUGCCCUCCCUCAGACCGCUGCUGAGCCGGAGCUGCCAGGAUCGACCCUGAAGCCAGCCUGCCAGCCUGGAGCCGGAUCCCCCAGGAGGGUUGGGUUUGGGACGAUGUGGGGCAGGGACCAGCCCAGCCUGUUCCCCGGCAAGCCUUGGGGCGCCAGCUCCUUCCACCAAGCUGCAUUCCGCAAUAAAUAAAGAUGGCUAUAGUGGAA